AUGGAUAAUUUGCAAUUAACCAGCUUCAAAGAAUAAACAACAAUUGUUUUAAUGCCAUAUCAUUUAAAAAAUAUAUCUAAAUCAAUUUAAAAUGUUAUUCCUAAGAUGAUUUUUACAUGCAGAAUACAUAAUUCAAUUCCUGUAAAUUUUUUAAUAAUUUAGAGCAUUGUCAUUGCAGUUAAAAAAGUUAGUAUUGUAUCUGAAUAUCUUGAAACAUUUGAUGAUUAGCCUUAAAUGUUUAUUGACAUUGAAUAUACAGUAACAUUAUUGCAAUUAAACUCAGGUUAAAAUAGAUAUAUAUUCUUUUUAGGUUCUUUAGUAAAAGGAAGAUUGGUUUAAUAAUUUAAAUCCCAUAUGAUAGUUUAAAUCUUUAAUAUCUUUAAUGUUUUAAUACCUGAAGAUGAAAUCAAUGAAAAAUCAUUUUUUUGGAAUGAAAGCUUUAAUGCCUUUAUGAAUAGUAAUAAAAAUACAUAAUACAUUAGAAUAGAAUGAGAUUCUGGAAAAUUAAGUUGAAUUAUAAAUUAAAAUUACAGAAGUCACUUUAAAUGAGGCAGAUUAAAAAGAGUUUCAAAUUAAAGGAUCUUUAAAGGAUAGAAAAUAGACAGGAUAAAUAGAGUAUCUUGAAACUGUAAUUGGAGAUUAAACUAAAAUUGAAGGAAUCAUAGCAAAAUCACUUGAUUGCAUAAAUUGA